CUGUUUUCCUGCCCGCGUCGGUUCCAUGUCAGCAUGGGAACUGCCGUGUCCAAAAGGAAGAAUUUAAGAAACGAUGCGAUAUCUUCUGUGGCAGCAAAAGUUAGAGCAGCGCGAGCAUUUGGAGAGUACCUGUCCCACACACACCCUGAAAACAGAAACGGAUCAGCUCAUCUUCUGUGUGAAACCUUGGUGGGUCCCGACCCAGAGUCGCCAAGUGACACGAUUGGACCCAACAACAACAACCACCUGCAUCCCUGUUCCAACACCACCAAGGGCUGUGAGGACAACCAGGAGUCCAGCCUGGUGAAACCCCCGCUGGGCUUAGACCAGCCACCUCCCCCUUCCAUCACCAUCUCUACCAAGCCAUCGCGGCUGUCCCUCGAGCGCAGUUUCUCAGCAGAGGAAGACCAGCAGAAGUGUGUCGAGUGCACCCUGCAGCCUGCCCGCGUGUACACUAUCACCACCCAGCGCGGUAUGCUGAUGAGCAGCGGCCGGGGCAGCAAGGAAAGCCUAGAACUGGACGUCCUGAAGGAAAAGUCGGGGAGUCGCGGGGUAGGAUCCAGAGGUGGCUUGAUCCAGCCCUCCACUUCCCCUUCCUCCACCUCAUCAUCUCCAACCCAGUACCACCAUGCCAGCAGCGGUCGUGGCACCAGCCACCAUCAUGGCAACCAUCACCACGGGAACCAUCACCACGGGAACCACCACGCCGUCUCGGGUGCCAAUGCGCCCUCCAGCAGUGGAGGAAGUAGCGGGGCAAGUGUAAGCAGCAGUAGCAACCAGCAGCAGCAGCAGUCUUUAGGCGUUGCUGGAUCCCAUUCCCACCAUGCAUCACACCACAGCCACCACCAUCACCUGUCUCAACCCCCACUGCAGACCUCCGUCAGCGCCCACAACAUCCGCAGCUGGGGCGAGGGUGGAAAAGGGGAGGUGGAGUGCAGCGGGCUGGCCUGUGACUCAUGCAGCGGCGCCCCCUCACGGAGCCAGGGCUCCCUGGACCUGGAGAGUGCUUCCCGAGAGGCAGGCAAGCAGCACCGACGCCUAGAGCGGAUGUGGAGUGUGGACCGGGUGACUGGGCUGGAGAGAGAGGACACUAACUGGUUCCCCAAGGAAAAUAUGUUCAGCUUUCAAACUGCCACAACAACCAUGCAGGCGAUAUCGGCUUUCCGGGGAUUUGUGAAGAGAAAAAGGAGUGAGAGGGAGCAGAAUUCAGCAGAAGUCAUCCAGAGGAACUUCCGGAAGCAUCUUCGGAUGGUGGGCAGCAGAAGGAUUAAAGCACAGACAUUUGCUGAGCGUAGAUCGAAGAGUUUCAGCCGUUCCUGGAGUGACCCCACCCCUGUCAAGACUGACUCGCCUCAUGAACCCAGAGACAGCGGAGACCUGCAGGCUUCCUGUGGUACCCUGGAUGAAGGAGGCGUUGAUGAAAGUUUAGACUGGGAGGAGGAGAGGGAGAUGGAGAGGCUGGCCUGUGAAGGAGAUGACUUUGUACCUCCCAAGAUCAUGCUGAUCUCUUCUAAGGUCCCCAAGGCAGAGUACGUUCCCACUAUAAUCCGCAGGGAUGACCCCUCAAUCAUCCCCAUACUCUAUGACCAUGAACAUGCAACUUUUGAUGACAUUUUGGAGGAAAUAGAGAAGAAGCUCACAGCUUACAGGAGAGGGAGCAAGUUCUGGAGAAUGCUCAUCUUUUGCCAGGGAGGCCCCGGUCACCUGUAUUUACUGAAGAAUAAAGUGGCAACCUUUGCUAAGGUGGAAAAGGAGGAGGACAUGAGCCAAUUUUGGAGGAGGCUUAGUCGCUUCAUGAGUAAAAUCAACCCAGAACCCAACCUCAUCCACAUAAUGGGAUGUUAUGUCCUGGGCAACCCCAACGGAGACAAGCUGUUCCAGAAACUGAAGAAUCUGAUGAGGCCUUAUUCUGUCGAGUUUGAGUCGCCACUGGAGCUGUCGGCACAGGGCAAAGAGAUGAUUGAGAUGUACUUCGACUUCCGCCUCUAUCGACUUUGGAAGACACGUCAGCACUCCAAACUCUUGGACUAUGAGGAUUUUUUGUGACAAAGAAAUCUAGAUAACGGCCCACUAGUGCCACGAGGAACCUGAUAAAACUGAUCCAAUGACUGAACAUUGCUCAACUGUAGUGCUCAACCCGUCAAUAAAAACAGCCACAUCUGCUUUCAUCCGGAAGAGGACUGGGAGAGGAGGAAGAGGGAUGGCGGGACAAGGAGGUUGAGGACCAACUAAAAUACACUGUGCCUCUGCUCCUCCUCAUGUUCAGAGUAAGGA